CACACAACGGGAGAGGACGGAACAGAGUAGUGCUGUGAGGAGCCCCCACACAGCCAGCUCGUUCCUUGCUGACCCGGAGCUUUUCCAAGAUGCUUUCAAGGGCAGUCUGUAGGACUUGAUGACCCAGAGUCUUUAGAAAAUGUCUUCUCUCACUGUGGCAGGAGGCCUUCAGGACAGAAUGCAGGACUUACUGUUCUGUAGCCUUCCCAAGCCUCCUCUAUUGUAGGUCCCUUCAAGGCUGCAGCACUUGCUGACCUGCAGCGUUUCUGAGGUGUCUCUCCUGCAACUAGCCAUAAAUCCAGACACUGACAUGGCAGAGAGACCUCCCAACCUACCCAAGAAGGUGGAAAAAUGCCCUAGUGAUGCCCCACCACAGCAAGAUGCAGGGAGGGACCGGACACAAGGGCCAGACUCUGCCCGUAGCUGCUGGCACUCUGUGGGCCAGAUGUUUAGGAACCUCACAGGCACUUGGUGUCAAGAGAUGAUCAGCAUGUUUACCCUUGGUAAACACGCAGAGCCAGCAGAGCCUGGCGCCACAGCCACUCAGAGCAUAGCUUCUGCUCCCAGCCUGGAUCUUUUUGGGGAGACAGUUGUCUCCAGUCCAAGUCAAGUGCCAGGCUUUGUUAGGAACAUGCACCAGAGGCUUGCGUCCAAUGGGCCUCCAGACGACUGGCUGUUCAUGGACAUCCUGAGGCUGACUGAGGCACACCCCACUGAUGUUGCAGUGACCCUCCUGCGCUGUGCCCCGUCAUGUGACAGAGGUGCUGCAAUCAUGUGGAAGACCAUAGCCUCAUCAGGAACAACACUGGAAAAGGUGCUGCCAAAACUGCUCUGUGUGAUGGAGGGCUGGCCACUGCAAAAAAUGUACACCUCCGAUGGAGACAAUAAGGAUGUAUUUGCCCUGGCUGCAACCAGGGUGGUUUGGGAGAUUCUCCGCCUGCCCUGGUGCCCAGAGCCAUUUGUGGAAUAUUCCCCGCAUCUCUUUGUGGCUCUGCUCUUCCAAGUUUUCAUCAGUACAGAGCAGCAAUCAGAGGACAUAAAUACUUUCUGGAAGAGAUGUCAGGAGGAAAAUGGCCUUCCCACCAAUAUCAAUAGAUUUGCAGUGAACACUGUGAGGGCACUGUUGCACCAUCUGCGUUUUCUGGAUUUACUGAUGGUAAUGGAACGCAAGUGUGCCUGGGACACCCUGCUCUGUGCCGACAGCCACCACUAUGCAGUGGGUCUGCUGGCCAGGGAGAUGCGCCGUGUCACCCUACCCUUCUGUUCCUCCAUUGCACUCCGCCUGCUCAGGUGGCUCAGCAGGGAGGAGCCACGCUGGGAUCUUGCUGCCCUGGCGUUCCUCGUGGAGGUCCUCGACUGCCUGGACUUGAGUGAAUGGGGUAUCAGCAUCCUGGAGAUCAUGACAAGGCACCUGCAGAGCGAGUCUGUGGAGAGGUGUCACCUGGCACUCAGAGGCCUCGUGGUGCUCAGCAAGGACCCCUCGAUGGCCAAAAAAAUGUGCGGCCUGUCUGAAUGCCUUUUGGAGCUACUGAGGAGUGAAGACAUAGAGGUGGUCAAGAUGAGUCUCUCUGUGUUCACAAAUCUACUCCUGAACAAAGAUAUCCUAACAUCCAGCUCCACAGCCCCAAAAUUGGCUGACGCGCUCCGGCCCCUCUUUGACAAUGACAACAGCCUUGUGCAGCGGCUCUCCAUUGGCCUCUACCAAGAUGUGAUGGAAUCGGUAGUGGAAAAGGGAAAAAAGCCCCUGAAGAUGCUUGUGAGCCAGAGCCUGCUCCCUCUUUUCUUCCACUGCCAUGAUGAGAACCGGCGUGUGGCACAGGCCUCUCGGGAAACGCUGCUUUCUGCAGUCAAGUUCCUGAAGAGGAAGGAUCUCAUGCGGCUGCUGAAGACAGAUGACCCAUGGAGCUUUGCCGAGCAUGUGCUGGCAGAGGACAGGAGCCGAGCGGCCGAGCACCUGCGCCUGGCGCUGCCCUACCUGCAGAGCCCGCAGGAGCCCCUGCGAGAGGCGGCCGUCAGGUCUAUUGGGAUCGCCGGGGUGCUCAUGAGGGGGCAGCCAGAAGAGCUGCAGCUCAUCUGUGAGGCCCUUCAAGCCCUUAGCACAGAUGACAGCCCCUCCAACACAAACCUGACAGUUCAAGUCAUGUUCAAUGAAAGAGCUGCAUUACUAAGUUCAUCUUCUGAAGAGAGACAACCAGGACAGCACCAGAUUCCAUACAAGAGGAGACAGCCUGGAGAUCAGAGGACAGCAGCUGAAGUUCCAGGCACUGGAACUGCUGGAGCUGCUGGGAACACCUGAGCUUGCCUUCCCUCUUUACUGGUCUCUUCCCGCAGCCCUCAGACCCUGCUUGUUCCCUGCCCCUUCUCCCGAGCUCAUCCCUCUGCUUUGAUUGCCAUUAAUAAACAUUUCAACUUCUUCA